GUACGAACUUAUUCUCCAGUUAACCAUGAAUCCCUCAGGCGGGUCUUCUGGACGCUCUUUCGACCAGGGUUCGGACCCGCCACGCGAACCGAACUCCAACGACGAAAGUGACUUUGCACGCGCUGCCUCCGCGUUUAGAGUUAACAGUAUCACCAAGUGUGAGGUGCAGUGCUACGUUUGUUGGAAGCGGUUUCAUACCCAUUGUGUCCGCCUCCCUUUACAAAUUUUCCGAUGCCGAGAUUGCAGAAAAAGAGUGUCACCAAUUUUUUCAGAACCGGAGACAGGCGCCUCCCCCCAGCCCAGAAGGCUGGAAACGAGAAAUGUUGGUACCGGUGAAAAUUCCAAAGUAAAGGAAUCAAUAAUAAAGAAGAAGGCAGAGUCUAAUUCAGGCCAAGGCUCAUCCAUCCAGGGGAAGAAAUCGAAAAAGAAGAACUCCAAUUCAUCCAUCAACAACAGAAAGAACUGAGUGUGAGAUUCCUCAGUGCAGUGUUUGUUCCAAUGGGACAGACACCCGAUGUGUCUGUGCCCCCGAUUAUAAUUUACAAAAAUUGAGACAAAACAAUUUCAGAAUAGACAAGCAUACAUUAUUGUAUUUGCAAAAAGACGGUUUUUUUAACUUCAAUUAUGUUCCUCUAAACCCAGAGACGAAUAAUUUUUGAUGUUUGGAUUGUAUUUAUAGAUGCGUACUCUUAAUAUUUUUUAAUUUCCUUAUAAUCACAUUAUUUAAUAUAUUUUGAGUAUUUAAAAAAAAAAUUAAUUAAUACGUUUUUACUAUUGUUCAGUUUUUAUCAUCAUCUACAUGUACUCGUAAAUAUUACGUGUAAGUAUUU